AUGCUGAAGCCCGGAGACCCCGGUGGCUCGGCCUUCCUCAAAGUGGACCCAGCCUACCUGCAGCACUGGCAGCAACUCUUCCCCCACGGCGCCGGCGGCCCGUUCAAGGGCGGCGGCCCCGCGGGCCCCCUGGGCGCGCCGCAGCCGCUGCAGCCGCCGCCGCCCCCGGAGCGCGCCGAGCCCCCGCCGGACAGCCUGCGCCCGCGGCCCGCCUCGCUCUCCUCCGCCUCGUCCACCCCGGCCUCCUCCUCCACCUCGGCCUCCUCGGCUUCCUCCUGCGCCGCGGCCGCCGCCGCUGCCGCCGCCGCCGCGGCGCUGGCGGGUCUCUCCGCCCUGCCGGUGGCGCAGCUGCCGGUGUUCGCGCCCCUGGCCGCCGCGGCCGUCGCCGCCGAGCCGCUGCCCCCCAAGGACCUGUGCCUCGGCGCGGCCUCGGGCCCGGGGCCCGCCAAGUGCGGCGGCGGCGGCGACGGCCGGGGCGCGCCGCGCUUCCGCUGCAGCGCGGAGGAGCUGGACUACUACCUGUACGGGCAGCAGCGCAUGGAGAUCAUCCCGCUUAACCAGCACGCCAGCGACCCCAACAACCGUUGUGACAUGUGCGCCGACAACCGCAACGGCGAGUGCCCCAUGCACGGGCCGCUGCACUCGCUGCGCCGGCUCGUGGGCACCAGCAGCGCCGCGGCCGCCGCGCCCCCGCCGGAGCUGCCCGAGUGGCUGCGUGACCUGCCGCGCGAGGUGUGCCUGUGCACUAGCACCGUGCCCGGCCUGGCCUACGGCAUCUGCGCGGCGCAGAGGAUCCAGCAGGGCACCUGGAUCGGGCCCUUCCAGGGCGUGCUCCUGCCCCCGGAGAAGGUGCAGGCGGGCGCCGUGAGGAACACGCAGCAUCUCUGGGAGAUAUAUGAUCAAGAUGGGACACUUCAGCACUUUAUUGAUGGUGGGGAGCCUAGUAAGUCGAGCUGGAUGAGGUAUAUCCGAUGUGCAAGGCACUGCGGGGAGCAGAAUCUAACAGUAGUUCAGUACAGGUCGCACAUAUUCUACCGAGCCUGUAUAGAUAUCCCCAGGGGCACCGAGCUUCUGGUGUGGUACAAUGACAGCUAUACGUCUUUCUUUGGGAUCCCCUUACAAUGCAUUGCCCAGGAUGAAAACUUGAACGUGCCGUCCACGGUGAUGGAGGCCAUGUGCAGGCAGGACGCCCUGCAGCCCUUCAGCAAGAGCAGCAAGCUGCCCCCGGCCUCACAGCAGCGCUCCGUCGUCUUCCCCCAGACGCCCUGCAGCAGGAACUUCUCUCUCCUGGAUAAGUCCGGGCCCAUGGAAUCAGGCUUUAACCAGAUGAACGUGAAGAACCAGCGAGUGCUCGCCAGCCCCACCUCCACCAGCCAGCUGCACUCGGAGUUCAGUGACUGGCACCUGUGGAAGUGUGGGCAGUGCUUUAAGACGUUCACCCAGCGGAUCCUCCUGCAGAUGCACGUGUGUACACAGAACCCCGACAGACCCUACCAAUGCGGUCACUGCUCCCAGUCCUUUUCCCAACCUUCAGAACUGAGGAACCACGUGGUCACUCACUCCAGUGACCGGCCCUUCAAGUGCGGCUACUGUGGUCGUGCCUUUGCCGGGGCCACCACCCUCAACAACCACAUCCGAACCCACACUGGAGAAAAGCCCUUCAAGUGCGAGAGGUGUGAGAGGAGCUUCACGCAGGCCACCCAGCUGAGCAGACACCAGCGGAUGCCCAAUGAGUGCAAGCCAAUAACCGAGAGUCCAGAAUCAAUCGAAGUGGAUUAACUGAUUGACUGGUUGGAAUUAAACUGCAAGGAAAGUCAUGAUUAAAUGUCACGGACACUUAAGCAAAACCAAAGAUUUCCUCUGAGCAACUUUCAAUCAGUCCCAGAAAACCAAAAGCAGUAAUAAAAUAAGUAAGAUGUUAAGAGAUAUUGAUCCCGGCAUGGAAGUCAGACCAGGAAACAGAUUAUUUAUUUAUGACUAAGGAUGAGACUCAUUUCAGUGGACUGCGAACCUGGGGUGGCCGAACACUGCCAGUCCUCCCGCCAUGUAUUUGCUUUGUUUCUAAAAAGCUUUUUUUUAAAAAAAAUGUUAUUUAAUACCAAAGGGAGGAAUCGUGGGGGCUGUUGUGCCCACAGUUGCAACCAAGAAUGCACAGGGACUUGACUGUCGUGGCACCUUUUUUUAGUAGCAUGUUGCAAGGGGACCCGGUGUACAGCCCUGCCUCCUGCUGCUUUGGUUCGGCCUGGUCUGCUGCCGGCUGCCGCCCCAGCGUCGGCCACAGAGGUAGAAGCGAGUGGCGUCUGGGGCCGCGCAUGCUCGUGUGUGCCACACUCGCUUCUUGUGCACUUUUCCCAGCAGCCUGGAGGAGAGCCUGGAGGAGGAGGAGGGUGCUUCCGCUUCCCGAAUGUGGAAGAAGAGGCGGAGGCAUGCUUUGUCCUGUCUGGAUUCAGAACCAUUCAGCACAUACAGGGCUUUAUCAUGCAGAACGUUGCUGUGGAGCGGCUAGUUGACACAGUUUUGUUUCCAAUGACAUUUUAGCUUAAAAAAAAAAAAAAGAGAUGUUAAUAAAAGUU